AUGGCGUUGGAUAUGGAUAUUCAUGAAUUGUUGGUCAUAGGUGACUCGGAUUUGUUGAUCCAUCAAGUACAAGGCGAAUGGGCCACAAAGAAUGCUAAGGUCUUACCUUAUGUAACACUCGCACAAAGUUUGUGUAAGAAAUUCAAGAAGAUAGAAUUCAACCACAUGCCGAGAGCUCAGAACAAGUUUGCCGAUGCUUUGGCCACCACAAAGUCGAUGAUUCAGCAUCCUGAAAGAAGUCACAUUGACCCGCUGGAAAUAAGCCUAAGAGCAGAGCAUUCCUAUUAUUCUCAUGUAGAGGCAGAACCCGACGUGAAACCAUGGUACAAUGACAUCAAGCUAUAUCUGGAGAACGGAGAGUAUCUCGACAAUACCACAAGAAACCAAAGGAAAACCAUUCUGAGAAUGGCCAAUGGGUUUUCCUAA